AUGCCUAAUGGAAGUCUUGAAAAAUGGUUACAUUCUGAACACUAUUUUCUUGAUAUCUUACAAAGGAUCAAUAUAAUGAUAGAUGUUGCAUCAGCUCUAGAAUACCAUCAUGCUGGACAACCAACUCCUAUAAUCCAUUGUGACCUAAAGCCAAGUAAUAUUCUACUACAUGAAGACAUCGUGGCGCAUAUGGGAGAUUUUGGUAUUGCCAAACUAUUGGAAGAAGAUGAUUUCAUGAGACAAACUAUGACACUUGCAACUAUUGGCUAUAUGGCACCAGCAAAUUGUAUAUUAUCUAUCAUGGAGUUAGCUUUGAAAUGUUCAGCUGAGUUACCUGAGGAUAGAAACAAUAUGGCGGAUGUCGUGGCUAUGCUCAAGAAAAUCAAACAUAAGUUUCUAAUCAGCAUUGAGCAAGCUUAAUAUGGUAUGAAAUGUGUUAGCUUGUCAUUAUUACUUCACUCUCCAUUUUCUAUUCAGUUCAGCGAUGAUUUGCCAUGUUUUGUUAUUAGAUUUAGACAAAAUUUAUCUCUUCAUUCCUGUGCUAUAAACCCAAGUGCAUAAUUAUAAGACCCUAUACCCAUCUCUUCAAUCUUGUGCUAUAAAAUUCUUAUAACUGUUAAAAUAAAUAGAAAAUGCAUGCAAGAAAUUAAUUUUCCCUCUUUACUCUCUCAAUUGCUCUCAAGCAUUGGGUUCUUGCAGCUGCAUUCACUGUUCUUUGCAAUUCAAAGUUUCAUUGCAAACCAAAACCGAGAUUCAGAUGCAAAAACCAAGCAGCCGACUGUGCAGUCAAUUCCAGUUUAUAUCAGCAUUGAGAGAUUUAGUUACUUUCUUAUU